AUGUCAGCCCCUAGGUCAUCUCUGAGACAGCAGAGAAAGGAGCCUGAAGGUGGUCCGCUCCCUGGCACAUGGGAGAAAUUCGGCACUGAGCCUGCCGAGUACAAAGGAGAACUCUCAUCUUUCCUCAAUGCAGAUGGUAUCACUUGCAAGAGAAAUUGGAAGACCAACGUCAAAACGAAUGAACGCGUGUUGUGGGCUUCUUUGACUGAACGAGUCGCCGAUCACUUCUAUCCUGGUCAGAUCAUCCGGGCCAUGGACUCUCGUUUCAUGUCAGAUCUCAAAGCUCCCCUCAAUGAGAGAAACACGGCUUCACAUACCGAUGGCCCAGUCAUCGCUAAGAUGCGACCCAUGGUCAUAUUGUGGAAAACACGACAUGCACUUAUCUGUCUGCCACUCAGGGGCGAGACACUGGAAGACAAGAUUGUCAUGAAAACCCACCCAGGGACCUGGAACGAAUAUAUCAGCGUCACGAACGAAGACGACAAGACCUGGACAAGCAAGACACCUNGGCUCUCCCCUCAUCUACACAAGUCAUCCCCCAAGAGCCCCGCCGAUGAGAAGUUUUCCGGGCGAUCCUACAUCGAUCUUUCGUCUCCCACCAGGAUCGACAUGAUCUCCGAAAUGAAGACAAACCUGGGACACUUGAGCGGCAGCCAAUACUGCAGACUGCUCCAUGCGUACAUCGAGCUACAAAACGAAUACAAGCAAAACGCAAUCAACGAGUUUGGAGAAGUGGCCGUAUUGCCUAACCCGGAGACCUGGCCGCCAAACGAUCACUAUUGGAAACUCAGGCUUGCAAAGAUGGAAAACAAGGUUCCUAAGCUCGAUAACAAGACCAAGACUUACAAGUUGGUGGCGCCUAAUUGA